GUGAGUACCGGUACUCGGCGUAGAUGAUUGUGUGAGUACCGGUACUCGGCGUAGAUGAUUGUGUGAGUACACUUCGUAGUGAUUGGAUUAUUGGCGCCAGCAACAAAGUUGUGCAUUCUCAUUUGAUUUCAUCUUCAGGAGCCGUCAAUAUUGAUUUCACUGAUAAAACUAGCAACAACAAUUGUUUGUGUCUUAAUCAGUUUUUAAACUCAAUGUUUAGAUUUAAAACAUAAAUGAACAUUGUAAGUAUUUUUUUCAUUGGUGAAGCUUAGAACCUCGUUUUUUUUUUAAAUUAAAGAGUUUAUGACAAAAUAGUUUAUGACAAAAUAGUUUAUGACAAAAUAGUUUAUGACAAAAUAGUUUAUGACAAAAUAGUUUAUGACAAAAUAGUUUAUGACAAAAUAGUUUAUGACAAAAUAGUUUAUGACAAAAUAGUUUAUGACAAAAUAGUUUAUGACAAAAUAGUUUAUGACAAAAUAGUUUAUGACAAAAUAGUUUAUGACAAAAUAGUUUAUGACAAAAGAGUUUAUUACGUUCUGUGUUACGAUGCUUUUAUUUCUUGUUAAUGUUAUUUCUUUAGAUUAACUUGCACCAAUGCAACCACGAGUCAACUCUUCCUCACAACUUUAUAAAGAGUGGGAAACAAAACAAAAAUUGAGUGGUUGCUUAGAGAGCACCAAGUGAAAUCCACAACUUGGCAGUGUUUAGAGAUGUUCUAGCAGAUAACUAGCAUACUAGUUGGGGAAAAUGCUUACGUCUGAGUAGCCCCUUAAGCAACCACCUGCCCGACCUGCAACCCCCUGACCUCAGUGCAACCACAGAGGUUGCCUCAAUGUAAACAGUUGUGAUAUUAAAGCUAAGGAUAUUCCAAUACACACACAAAGAUACAAACAUAAAACACCAAUAAAGCUGACACUUAUAGACUAGACUACACGCAUUAAAACAAAUAACUCUUGCAUUUUUUCAUGACAUUCCUGGUUGAAUUUUUAUUUAGAUCUAAUUCUAACUAAUAAAGGAAAUUAUUCUGAAAUAGCCUCUAGUCUAGACUAAAUCUUCAAAAUCAAAAUCAUCCUCCGACUCGUCAUCGAAAAUCAUUUCAGACUCAUCAAUAUUUGUGUCUGUUUCAGAUUCAUCAAGCAUUUUGCUUGUCUUUCUCUUUUUCGGCCCUUUCCCUUUUGAAUUACCUUUCAGCUGUCUUUUUUUCUUCCAUUUGUCUCUUACUGUCUUCUUUUCGCAUUUGGAUUUCUUCGUCCCUCGGUUUUUUUGUUCUUCUCGUAAUUUUAUUUUCUCGUCCUUCCUUUUUGCUUUCUCUUCUAUAGCCUUUAAUUUUUCUUUUUCUCUAGGUCAAUUUUUCUUAUGGCCUUUCUUUCUUCUUCUUUUUCUUCCCGGUCGUUGUUUAUUAGAUGAUCUAUGAAUUCUUUUCAACUGAUCAGUGGUGGGAGCUUUUGAGUUCCUCCUUCUUCUCAGAUAGCUCUGUUUAAGAACAGCCAAUGAUAGUGGAUCGUUUUUAACAUUAGGUGGAGGGUAUUGACUGCUUGAUUUUGAAUGGUAAUAAGAAUGUUCCCAUGAUAUAACUUCCAUAACUUGUACAAUGGGUAAUCGCAGUUAUAAACCUCUUCAAGUCUUUCAUAAUACAGUCUUAAGGUCUGGUGCCAUUAAAAAAAGAAAGUAAAUACAUGUUUUGGUGGGUUUUUUUUUUACUUUCUUGUUGUUAGUCAUCGUGACGUCAUCGAUGUGGCAACAGCUGAAAUGUCUCGUCAAGUUUGUUUGAUACGAAUCUUUGACUCAAUUUAUGUAUGUCCACUCUAGCUUGUUGUAUGUCGGUUAAAUGUCGACUCUGUUCUAUUUGACCACAAGUCAUCCAAAAUUAUGUUGAUAGUUUUUUUAAUUUUUUUUUUAAAUGUCCUAUAAUUUUUCUAUAUAUAUUUGUCUGCAGGCAUUUUCUUUUCUUGUUCAAAGUCAUAUAUCUCCUGAACGUGGGCUCGGUAAAAAGCUCAAAGGCCAAUUGCAAUGAAAUGAGAACGUUAAAUCAGAAAUCAAAUAUCAUACAUCAUGUAUCAUACAUCAUGUAUCAUACAUCAUGUAUCAUACAUCAUAUAUCAAACGACAUAUAUCAUACAUCAUACAACCUACAAAAUACAUCACAGAAAAUACAUAAUACAACAUACAUGAUACAACAUACAUCAUACAAAAUACAUCAUUCACUGGCAUUGGAAAUAGUUUAAUCCAUGUCAAGUCUCUGAAAAGGGAAUGUAAUAUUUGCUCCGAAAAAUAAUAAUACACAUUAAGAAAUGAUUAUAUAAUCAGUUACAUGAUUUCAUGAACAUUUGAUACUUAAAAUAAAAUGGACACGUUGUUUUGAACAGGCUGUGAUUACUGGCGGGUGGUUAUUAUUAUUAUUAUUAUUAUUAGUGGUUUUAUAAAGCGUGGUACCCAAGCCUAGGGCUGGCCUCACCAUGCUGUACUUACAAUUUAACAAACAUCAUCAUGAACUGCCAUCGAUGACGUUACUAACGGGUCAUUACUGGCGGGUCAUUCAAAGAUAACUGUCAUGAAUGAUUGACCGUUAUUGUGGAUAUUAAACGUCUCCUUACUUUAAGCAAUUGUUCAAUUGUGUUAGGACUACAGUAAUAAACGCGUCUUGGUGUUUGGUUAAGCUCUUUAUAAAUAUGUCGGGGGGGGGGGGGAUUAAAAAUGUUUAAAGUCAAAGGAAAUAAAUAGAAGCCAUUCAGAGGACAUGUAAAUGUAAAAAAAAAUUAAAAAAUACACCUUUAGCUUCAUCGUUUUUUGUUAAAUAAAGUUAUCAUUGUGCAUAAAGAACAAAUCUGUUACACAUCUUCAUAAGAACCAAUCUAUUGCAUAUCUUCAUAAGAGCCAAUCUGUUGCAUAUCUUCAUAAGAACAAAACUUUUGCAUAUCUUCGUUAUGAACUAUAAAAGGGACUCAAAGAAUUAGGUUCAGAUUAUCCUUUGGCUAAGCGGGAGUACGAUGACCUAUUGGUUACUGUGAAAAAGCGCAAACUAAAAUCGUACGGCCACGUAACAAGGAAACAAGGGCUUGCCAAAGAAAUAUUGCAGGGCACCACAAGAGGAGGGAGAAGAAGAGGUAGACAAAGAAAAAGAUGGGAGGAUAACACCAAAGAGUGGACAGGACUAACACUGGGUGAUGCAGUGCAUAGUGCUGAAGAUAGAGAGGAAUGGAGGAGGAUGGUUCACAUGUCAUCUGUGGCGCCCCAACGGUCCAAGGACUAAGGGGCAUGAGGAUGAGGAGGAAGCGGGCAAAGUGCCAAUGCCCUACGAAGUUCAAGAAACCACAGUCCCUCGCUGACUAUAAAUACACGGCCUAUAAUUUUUAUUGGACAUUGCCCAUUUCAGUCUAUGCCUACCACUAUGUGUUGAUAUGUGGUCUGUGCAUCUUGUACAGGAAGAACAUAAUACCGCUAUCUUUGACAUCUGCGAUGACACUUACAACUUAGCGUGACUACGAAAUUGACAUUGCCGUUGUUUCAGUGCUCUCGACUGGUUUCACCCACAGCAGACUGUGAGAUGUCUGUGACAUUUGACAAACCAGACAACCAGUCUCUGCUCGUGUCUGAUGAGAUGUCUGUGACAUUUGACAAACCAAACAACCAGUCUCUGCUCGUGUCUGAUGAGAUGUCUGUGACAUUUGACAAACCAAACAACCAGUCUCUUCUCGUGUCUGAUGAGAUGUCUGUGACAUUUGACAAACCAGACAACCAAUCUCUGCUCGUGUCUGAAUGUAACGCUGUCUAAAACAACCCAACCUGAAGGGCCAGCUAAGAACCGUAGCCAAAUUUUGUUUGAUUUACCUUUGUAGAACUGUUCGCUCACGUGACUAAAAAUGGGUUUGUGGUUCGAUCAAUAUUUGAGACAGAUUGCGGUCCUUCUCAUACAUGGUUUUUGGCUGUUGGCUGCUUUAGAACUCGAGUGUGCUGAUUUGUUUUAAGUCUAGAUAGUUUCUCUACAGCUGCGUUCUGAUGUCCUUGACGCAUGGAAUAAUACAUUGGUCCUCACACCAUACAAAUCAGACUGUAUUUCAUUUUAUAUUAAAAUAUAAACUUUGUGCGGAGAUAAACUUUUAAACAAAGAGGAAUUGAUUGUUUCAGAUCUAUAAAGUUGAUUGUUUCAGAUCUAUAAAUUUGAUUGUUUCAGAUCUAUAAAUUUGAUUGUUUCAGAUCUAUAAAGUUGAUUGUUUCAGAUCUAUAAAGUUGAUUGUUUCAGAUCUAUAAAGUUGAUUGUUUCAGAUCUAUAAAGUUGAUUGUUUCAGAUCUAUAAAGUUGAUUGUUUCAGAUCUAUAAAGUUGAUUGUUUCAGAUCUAUAAAGUUCAUUGUUUUAGAUCUAUAAAGUUGAUUGUUUCAGAUCUAUAAAGUUCAUUGUUUUAGAUCUAUAAAGUUGAUUGUUACAGAUCUAUAAAGUUCAUUGUUUUAGAUCUAUAAAGUUGUGGAUUUCGUUAUUGCCUCGUGUAAAGCUUUAUAUCUUACAAUGAAUAGAUUAAAUCUGACAAUUCAUGGAUUCUUUUAGGUUCACUUUUAGACCUACGUUUAGACCAGCUGUUAGUAACCAACUUCUGGUAGCCGACACAAUAUACCUGAAUGACCCGAAUGACCUGUUAAUCCACUCUCCAACCUUUCGUCCAGAUCCUUGUGUUUACAGUGCGUUGAAGGAAAUCAUCCUUUGUUUAACUUUUAUUAAUUCGUAUUCAUUUUUUUUCUUCUUUUCUUUACAAUUUUAAAUAUCCAAUGGGAUUACCAAGAGUAUUUUUCUUUAAACUUCACCCGUCUUAUUGAGACUGGCAAUUUUUGAGUAACUGUAGAUUGGGGUGGAGAUGGGGGGGGGGGGGUUGGGGGUGGAGAGGGGGGGUGGGGGGGGGGGUGGGGGGAGGGUGAGAAAGAAAUGUUUGUUGAUUUUAUGUUUAUAUCUUCUAAUGAGGUGGGGGUGGAGAUGGGGGGAUGGUCAGAAAUAAAUGUUUGUUGAUUUUAUGUUUAUAUCUUCUAAUGGUUUUUAUGGAUGAAACUUGGGGGCUCAGGUACUCCCCUUAAUUGGCCCCGGCUAGCACAAUCAUCUAUGAGGUAGCACUACCAUAGGUAAGGUAGCACAACCAUCCAUAAGGUAGCACAACCAUAAGUAAGGUAGCACAACCGUAAGUAAGGUAGCACAACCAUUAAUAUGGUAGCACAAUCAUCCAUAAGGUAGCUCUAUUAUCAGGAAUGAAAAACUUAAUAUGCUUGUGGUCCUGUGUUAUUGAUAGACAGAAUCAUCAAAUACGGCUCCUGUGUUAUUUAUAGACAGAAUCAUCAAAUACGGGUCCUGUGUUAUUGAUAGACAGAAUCAUCAAAUAUGGGUCCUGUGCUAUUGAUAGACAGAAUCAUCAAAUACGGGUCCUGUGUUAUUGAUAGACAGAAUCAUCAAAUACGGGCCCUGUGUUAUUUAAUAGACAGAAUCGUCAAAUACGGGUCCUGUGCUAUUGAUAGACAGAAUCAUCAAAUACGGGUCCUGUGUAAUUGAUAGACAGAAUCAUCAAAUACGGGUCCUGUGCUAUUGAUAGACAUAAUCAUCAAAUACGGGUCCUGUGUUAUUGAUAGACAGAAUCAUCAAAUACGGGUCCUGUGUUAUUGAUAGACAGAAUCAUCAAAUACGGGUCAUGUGUUAUUGAUAGACAGAAUCAUCAAAUACGGGUCCUGUGUUAUUGAUAGACAGAAUCAUCAAAUACGGGUCCUGUGUUAUUGAUAGACAUAAUCACCAAUUAUGGGUCCUGUGUUAUUGAUAGAUAGAAUCAGCAAUUCCAGGUCCUCUGAUAUUUAUAGACAGAAUCCCCAAGUCCAGGUCCUCUGCAAUUGAUAGACAGAAUUACCGUGUUUGGGUCCUGUCCUAUUGGUAUACAGAAUCACCGUGUCCCAUAAUGUUGGUGUUAUGUUUUUUACUCCCACAUUCUCCAUUUUUAUUAUUAUUUUCUUUACCUAUGUAACACGUGUAUCUGAUAAGAAGAAAUAAAAUUCCCCUCUAUUACCUUUUAUUUGUUUCUAUCAUUCACAGAAGUUCCUUUGAUCGAAAUUAUUCAGCGUCCCUUCAUAUUAGUACUAUGGCUCAAUUCUGUGGCAAGUGGGAGCUCACAUCUAGCGAUGCCAACUUUGAGGAAUAUAUGAAAGUUGUAGGUGAGUACACACACGGGAGAUUGUUACGUACGGGAGGAUGAAUGAAUGGGAGAGUACACGGGGGGUGAGGAAAUGGGGCUUAUGGUCAAUUAAAAUAACAAUAAGUCAUGGUGAAUUGUAAAUUACAUUUUAGUCAGCACCACACUCCCCACCAAACAAACAAAAAAACCCCCACACUCUAAUUUCAUCUUAAAAAUAUUCAUUAUGAAUCCACCCAUAUUUUAAAAGGGCGCUGAACUUUUGAAAUAGUUUAUAUUUGAUAUAUUCUUUCGUUAUGAGACUAUAAACUCCCCUAACCGAAUGGGCAUAUAUAAACACGUUAUUAGUUCGUCUCUAGCCAGACCAUCUCUAUUGAGUAACGUUACGAGAUUAUCAUAAGGACCAGCAGUAGCUGGCACGGACCCCUGAAACUCACACAGUAGCUGAUAGGGACACUUGCAUUAACCUCCGCGUGAUGUCUUGGACCUGGUCGACCUUAUCAAGACAGACAUCACUCGUUCAAAUAAGACCCUGUGUUAAAUGUCAGGGAGGGCGCUUGGAAAUUCCCCUCCCUAUCGAAAAUAUUGCCAUAUGGCGAUAUGGAGCAUAUUGCCAAAUUGAACAUAUUCUCAUACUGAACAUACUGUAAUAUGAAAGAUGGUGUCAUAUUUUGAACAUAACAUUAAAAAGCUCUCUACAUAUAAAUCCUAAAUUUAAUUUUGAAAAAAAAAAAAAGAAAUUGUUGAUGAAAUCUGUACAUGAGGUCAUCCUCUGACGUCAGAUAGUCUUGCCGCCCUUGCCCUCUCUACACCUUUCUUACUACGCCGUUGGUCUUGCCCCAAUGCCGUUGGUAAAAUAUUAAUAAAUAUAUUUGAUGAACAUUUUCAUUUUUAUAAAAGCGCCCUUCCUUAUGUGCACGCGCCCCCCCCCCCAAACAAAUCUACUGCGAUUUUAAAACACUGAAUACCACUAUAUCUAUACCACUACAUUUCCCACUGGUUAAAUUCUGUCUGUAGGAUAUUAUUGUGAAAUCGUACGAUUAUAAUAUGACUAGCUGCAGCCCGCCAAAUGUUAAUGCGUGUAGAUCCCAUCCACUAAAGUUACCUGACAAAACAUGUAUUCAAGUAACGCACUUGAUAGAUCCCCAUUCAGUGCUACACCCCUCCCCCUCACACACACACAAAGUACACCAUCGCACCUGAACUGCAUUAAUAUUCAAAUGUCCCACACCUUUUUACAACGCAUAGUAAUUACACCACCUCGUUCUGUAAAUCCAAAGAAUCUAUUACGCACCAAAAACACUUGCGGUAUUUUUAAGAACCUCUUUUAGCAAAGUUAUCGGGAAUUUUAUUGUGUGAACGCGUUAUUGACAUAGUUGAUUGUAAAAUGUAUUUGUUACAAAGUGAAUUGUGUAUUUUGAUAGGAUUUUGUAAAUCAAUCUUCAAUCUCGGUCAGAACAGUGACAACGGUUUUGAAACUGCACACUUUGCACAACAGAAACAAAAUAUGACCACCUCAACUCGUCUAUGAUUAUGUCCGUUUCAACCACAACCAGAAUCAGUGGCGUGGCUAGGGAUGCGAGGAAUGUGGACCGCACCGGGUAACACCAUCCCAGAGGGUUGACACCAAAUUGAAAAAAAAUGCAUAUUUACAGAGCACACACCACUAGGUUUAACCAAAAUUCAUUAAAGGAUAACCGAUCACAUGUAAAUUUUCUACAUUUAAAACCAAUCAAAAUGCGGGCUUUAUUAAAAUGUCAAGGUUGAUGCUUCAGCAAUGAGGUGACGCUAUAAUUAGGUCAGAAAAACGCCUUUUUUACUAUUAUUUGAAUUUUGGUAAAUUUCAUAUAUAACCGGAAGAUAUAUUUAUAUCUAAAUUCUGAUAAAUAAAUCUUUCCAUUGAUACCAAAUAAAUGAAUCGAAUUCAUAAAAAAAAAAUAAUAAUAAAAAUUAAACUAUUAAAUUUUAUCCAUUAAAGCUUGGGUGUCAAACUCAAUCGUUCGGCUGGGUAACACUCAAAUCAAAUGUAAUGUUGCUGGCCGAACAACAUAAACAUUCAAAAAGCGGAAAAUUAAUCUUUUUUAUAUAAACAUUUAUAUAAAUGAAAACAGAAAAAAAAAGUUGUAAUAAUUAAAAAUCAUUGGCAUAUCCAUUUUCGUUUUUGUGCCAAUUUGUCAGAGCUGGAUGUUUCACACAUGUUCUUGGCUACAAAAACAAGCAAGCUCGUUUAUGUUGGGAGUAACGUUCUGUGUCAUUGAGAUUCUCAUGAUGUACUCCAAGUGUUCAUCUGUGAGACGACUCCUGUGUGAUGUUUUGUUAAUAUUCAUCACAGAAAACAGCAGCUCACACACAUAUGUGUUACCCAACAUGCUCAAGUUUCGAGCCGCAUGUUGACGAAGCUGCAGCAUCUCUUCAGGGAUGAAACGAGUGAACUGGGAAGGCCCAAACCUGUGCUAAUUUGCCCUUAGUCUCACAUUACACUGCAGCUCUAUUAGCUCCAUUUGAAAAUUUAAAAGUGCAGUUUCCACGUCUGUGACAAAUGGGUUACGAAACAGCUCGAAAUUACACUUAUGUCCUUCAAAGUCACUAAAGUGCCGUGCGACUCCUCGCGAAGUAAGCUCAGUUUCUAAGCAAAGUGUCCAUUGGGAAACACCAUAGCGUUGACUUAGAUACAAUUGUACGCCGGUCAAGACCUCGCGGGCCUGAUAUAAUUGUACGUCGGGCCGGAUGUGGCCCAGGGGCCUUGAGUUUGACACAUGUGCAUUAAAGGGUUAACAAAAUGAUGUUUUCAAAAUGUUCUCAAAUAUUUUAAUAACUGAUUUUAAUUUACUUAAACUUUUUUUUUAAAAAAGGGUAACCAAAGAAAUGGUAACUCAUAAAUACUCAUAUUAAUACUUUCGCCGAUUUGCCACUAGCACCGUCCCUUAACAUUCGAGCACGAUUGUCAUACAGUACAAGGUUUUUCACAUGCUGUCUUUGAUUUCACCUUUAUCAGCUACCUUUACUUUCGGGCUGAUCUCCUGGAGGAAGUUACUCUUACACAUCAGUAUCUGCAGACAAAAGGCUUUUACACUUGACAAAUUGGGGACCCGCCUAGAUACCUUAAGACUUGUUACUAUUGUUAAUAUGACUUGGUACCGUUGUUGUUGUUAAUAUAACUUGGUACGUUUGUUGUUAAUAUGACUUGGUACUGUUGUUGUUAAAAUGACGUGAUACCGUUGUUUUUAAUAUGACUUCGUACUGUUGUGGUUAAUAUGACUUGGUACCAAGUCAGUAUUUAAUCUGUUUAAAUUCAUAGAUUAAUGGGACUUCCUAGAAUCUCAAUACUCUCGCUAAGCCUUCAAUUGUUUCUUACGAUAUGUGUGUCUGUGGCUUCAUGUGAGCGGAGAUUUUUAAAACUUAGAACUAUUUACUAUCCACCAUGGGAAAAUAAGGGACAAUCUGGCUCUAAAAUCAAUUUGAAUUAAUUGAUUGCAAGCUUGCAGCUUUCAAGAUCAGUAAAGAAAAUGGAAUCUAAAAAUAACUAUAACUUCACUUUGUUACAGUUCUUAAAUACAUUUACCUCCUGAACUUUAAUUAAAUUUCUUUUUGCUCUUGUCGUUGUUGUACUGUGGUCUUAUUUAAACAAGAAGAAAACGAAAGUGAAAUUUAGGGGAGUUGGGUGACAUCAUGAGUUUACUGCACCGUGUGACACCAACCUUAGCUACGCCACUGCUGGCAGAUAUAACAUGGCAUCGACCCUUAAUGUCAAUGGGGCCGUUGUGGCAUCUGGCACCAUGUUGGCACUGUCACCUAACUGGCAUCGUCAUCCGCUGCACCAGGAGAACCUCCAAAUAUAGCUCAUGCCUUAGUUCAUCCUCACCGUGGUUAAUUAAUCGUAUAUGUCUUUAAUUAGCAGUUAACCAUUUGCAGCAAUUACCUAGCCUGACAUUGAAUUUUCAUGGCAAUUAGGCAUAAUACUUAUAAGAUAACACUAACUAGUUGGGUAGGAAAAACAUCAUUUUUCUAUGUGUAGCUAUAGCUAAGACACUGAGUGGAUGAAUGAAGCUAUAGCUGAGCCACUGAGUGUGCUGAUGAGUGAAACUAUAACCGAGUCAAUGACUCAAUGAGUGUUUUAAUGAGUGGAGCCACAGCAGAGUCACUGUGUGUGUUAAUGAGUGAAGCCAUACGCGAGUCAAUGAAUGUGUUAAUGAGUGAAACCAUAGCAGAGUCACUGAGUGUGUUGAUGAGUGAAUCCAUAGCAGAGUCACUAUGUAUAUUAAUGUUUGAAGCCAUAGAGAGUCACUGAGUGUGUUAAUGAGUGAAGCCAUAGCCGAGUCACUGAGCGUGUUGAUGAGUGAAACUAUAACCGAGUCACUGAAUGUGUCGAUGAGUGAAGCCAUAGCAGGAUCACUGCGUGUCAUUGGGACAUUUCUAAAUUUUACAAUACAAGAUAGUUUUCUGAAUCUUGUUUUAAAACAGAUUUAGCUCUCAUCCUACCAUAUGAAAUCUAAAUUUAAAAAAAAAAAAAACUACUAGUCAUUACAGCAGAUUCCCAUAUCUACUAAAGACUUUUUUAAAGGACAUUCUAACGAUUUUGUGUUUGAUUUGAUGGAGUCAGCUUAAAUCUAUUUUAAUUCACAAAAUUGAUUGUUGGUCGAUGUCCCAAAGACUUGGAGCUAGGGUGGAGUGGGCCUCCUGAAAAACGCCAGGGACGGUGAUAUUUUGGCUGCCUAUCACAAGUUGGAGCAUCACAAAAUGGAGUAUCACAAGUUGGAGUAUCACAAGUUGGAGCAUCACAAAAUGGAGUAUCACAAGUUGGAGUAUCACAAGUUGGAGCAUCACAAAAUGGAGUAUCACAAGUUGGCGUAUCAAAAGUUGGAGCAGCCAAAGUCUGGGUAUCAAAAUUAAAUAUGAACUCGUAAAAUGGCCUCCAAAACCUUGAUAUUUUAAUGUCCCGUAACUACAGAUUCAGGGCAGACGACCUCAUUUGUUAUCAAGACAUGGAAACGACUUGAUUGGUUGGUUCUUAAGACUUGAUUGGUUAGUUCUGACUUGGAAAUAGACAGUGGCGUCGAGUUUAUUUUAGUACUCGAGAAGUCAUAAACCAACAUGUCAAUGAAAGAAUCAAGGCAUUGUAUCAAUAUGGAGCAAGUAAAUGGCUGAAUUAAUUUCUAGCCAUGGCCAGUGAAGAAGAUAUUUUUAUUAUGUGGCAAAGGCACAAUAAGACAAGUGAUUUGGACAAUUGCGUUGGAGAACCAUUCAUUGGAUGAAAUGGAGACAUAUCAAUGACAUGCAAAACAUAUUAUGUGCCUAAAUGCAAAAAAAAAAAAAGAACUUUGGUAAGAAGUCAGCUAUUAAUUUAUCACAAACAGAGAAAGUAUUUAAGUUAGUGUUUGAAAUCCUCUCGCAAACUGAAGAAACAGACAGAUUUAAAAAAAACAAAAAACAAAAAACAAUGAAAGUGCAUUGCCAAGCUGACUCGUCCUGAAUGUCAGAUGGUAAUCUGGAUAGUGAAAAGAUUUCGUUUUAUUUAUUUAAAAAAAAAACACAAUUUAUUUUAGGAGGAUUUUCAUUUAUAAACGAUAUGUAGAUAUAAAGAUGCGACCAGGAGAUUUGGCGCGCAUUCUAGCAACUGAAUGCAGUAUCUUAGCAACUAAAUGCGGUAUUUUAGCAACUCGAUGCGGCAUCCUCUACUCUCUCUGUUUAAGUGUUAUUAAAAAAUGUGUCUUUGCCGCAGCUGAUGAUGGUUCAGGAAAAAAAGUUUUAUGAUCAUUUGUAAUAGGUCAAACAGCGCCUUCCCAAGCGGACUGCAACCCUCACAGCUGCAUGGAGCCUGGUGUAUCACAGGGGUGCAGUGUGGUGGGAAAAUUUUAAACUAUCAACCCGAAUGCAAGGGUCACAACUCCGAAAAGUAGCCCCCCACCCCCUCCCCCCCCAAAAAAAGGGGGGAAGGGUGUGUCUAAUAAAGUCAUGCGACGGCUAAGAGCUUAAAUUUUACUUUUCCUAUGGAUCAGAAUGGUUCUCAAUUUGUGCAAAGUUUGGGGUCUGCAAUUAAAAUAGCAAUUUUUUCCGUGCAAAGUUUUAUUCAAGCAAUGGAUUUUGAUUUUUACCAUCAAAACUCUGUUAGUAAAGUAAAGAUUGUGUUUAAACUUUGUGAGUAAAGUACAGAUUGUGUUUAAACUUUGUUAGUAAAGUAUAGAUUGUGUUCACAGGAGUGACCGAGGACAUGACAAAGCUGGCCCUCGCUGUGUUAACAACUGGCUCAAAGCUCGUGCAGCAGAUAUCACGUGACGGUACACAAUGGACAGUGCGGGUCAUCACCAAGGAAGGGGAGAAAGUGGAUGUUUACGAGGAGGGCAAACCUACAGAUGUGUCUACCCUGGACGGUAGGAAGGUCACGGUACGUCGAAUGGUUGAUCGUGGAAGCAUGAAAGCAGAGUGGUCAACAGAUCUUGUUAUUACAGCUAAGGUAAGUUAGGUGAAAGAUUUGAAAAUAUUUUAAUUUUUUUUUUAAUGUCUUUGUUUUCAACAGGUUGUGUACACUCUAGAGGGCGAUGAGCUCGUGGAAAUUCAGAAAGGAAAUGGGUUCGAAUCUCGGAACGUGAGGAAAGUGAAAGGAGAUAGUUUAACUAUGGUAAUGAGACAUUGUAGACAUUAGACUUAACUCCCAGUUGGGCACCUACAACAUUGACAAAUCUAACGAAAGUGAAAGGAGAUAGUUUAACUAUGGUAAUGAGACAUUGUAGACAUUAGACUUAACGUCCAGUUGGGCACCUACAACAUUGACAAAUCUAACGAAAGUGACAGGGGAUACUUUAACUAUGGUAAUGAGACAUUGUAGACAUUAGACUUAACGUCCAGUUGGGCACCUACAACAUUUACAAAUCUAACGAAAGUGACAGGGGAUAGUUUAACUAUGGUAAUGAGACAUUGUAGACAUUAGACUUAACGUCCAGUUGGGCACCUACAUUAUUGACAAAUCUAACAUGGACAGCUCUGACUUUAAGACUUACCACUUUGACAACUCCAACAUUGACAUCUCUAUAAUGGCACCUCUAAAAUUGAGACUUUCAACCUACAGAUGGCAAAUCUAACAUUGACGCCUUGAUCGAGACACAUUCAGGCAAGCCUCUCUUUGUUGCUACGUAAUCGAACGUUAUCUCAUUGAUCAGGAGAACAUUAGGACCCCCCUCCCAGUUCAUCGCGACCCCUGUCAGGUCAUUGUGACCCCUCUGGGGCUCAUUGUGCCAUACUACGCUCCUAGCAAGGUAACACAUGGUCAAGUCGCGUCCCCAUCAACUCAAUUUAUUUUCUUUCCCCAGACGUUGACAGCCAAUAAUUCAGUGACUUGUGUAAGGACAUACAAGAAAGUAUAGACACUCACCAUGUGUGUGGUGACACCGGAUGAAUCAAAUUAAAUUACUACAUGCGACAUCACCAUACUUAAAUAAUGCAUUAAAUUUAGUCUUAUUAUAUUAUACGAAUUAUUGUUUCAUUAAAAAUAUUAAAAAUGUAUCUUUUGAAUUUUGUUGGUCUUUAAAUUUUAU